AUCACUUCCACCUUUGCUCGUGUGGGUUUGUGUGUGAGGGCGUCUGCAUGUGAGUCAGCUGCAUCCUCAGCACCUGGGACAUUACCUCCAGUCUCCACAGGGGAAACUGCAUCGCUGACUCUUGUUGGUUACUCCAGGAUAAGACCCUGUUUGUUAGCUGUCCAGGUUGGUUGGUCAGGGAUCCGAGCCAAAUAUCUCUGGGUGUGUAAGAGAGGAGAGGGAGGUUGACAUGGGCUCCAGCUCCUCCUCCUAUGCCCCCAAAACCAUUUACCUGGAUGUGGAUGGCAAGGUGCAAAAGGUGGUGUUCAGUCGGCACUGCAGUCCGUAUGACAUCAAGGAGCUUCUGUGUUCCUCGUCCAACAUUCCCAGGAACACUGCCAUCAUGAUGGUGGAUCCAGAAGGUGCCAUGGUCUCCAUUGACCCCACCAUGCCCACCAACUCUCCAAGCUCUUUGUACAAAGUCGUCCCUCUGCCUACUGGUCAACUCGGAGACAAGGAGGACAUGUUUCAGAACGUCUUGUCCCAGGUGGCUGAGCAGUUCAGCAGAGCCUUUCGCAUCAACGAGUUGAAGACUGAGGUCACCAACAGGCUCGCCAUGCUGGAGAAGAGAGUGGAACUGGAAGGCUUGAAAGUGGUGGAGAUUGAGAAGUGUAAAAACGACCUGAGGAGGCUACGAGAUGAGAUGACUUCGAGAGGUGCCGGCAGAGUGAGCUGUCAGUGCAAAUACAACUUCGACGAUGGGAAGAAGGUCACUCCUCGACGAGAUGUCCCCAAUUACCCAAAGUACACACUGUCUCAGGAGACCAUAGAAGCCCUGAAGAAGCCAACUUUCGACGUGUGGCACUGGGAACACAACGAGAUGCUGAGCUGUCUGGAGUACAUGUACCAUGACUUGGGGCUGGUGAAGGAAUUCAACAUGAACCCUAUCACACUCAAACGCUGGCUGCUGGGGAUUCAGGAGAACUACCGUAACAACCCCUUUCACAACUUCCGUCACUGCUUCUGCGUGAGCCAGAUGAUGUACGGCAUGAUUCACCUCUGCAACCUGCAGGAGAAGCUGACUCUCACAGAUAUGGGCAUUUUAAUGACAGCUGCAGUGUGCCAUGACCUGGACCACCCCGGCUACAACAACACGUAUCAGAUCAAUGCCCGCACAGAGCUGGCAGUACGCUACAAUGACAUAUCUCCGCUGGAGAACCACCACUGUGCUGUGGCCUUCCAGAUCAUUUCUCUUCCUGAGUGCAACAUCUUUGCAAACGUGGAUCCUGAGGCUUACAAACAGAUCCGACAGGCCAUUAUCACCCUCAUCCUGGCCACUGACAUGGCCAGACAUGGAGAGAUACUAGACUCCUUUAAGCAAAAAGUGGACAGCUUUGAUUUCACCAAUGAAGAGCAUGUGACAUGUCUGAAGAUGGUUUUGAUCAAGUGCUGUGACAUUUCCAACGAAGUGAGGCCGACUGAGGUGGCUGAGCCAUGGGUGGACUGUCUACUGCAGGAGUACUUCAUGCAGAGUGACAGAGAGAAGUCCGAAGGUCUCCCCGUGGCUCCCUUCAUGGACAGAGACAAAGUCACCAAACCCACCGCUCAAAUCGGAUUCAUCAAGUUUGUCCUCAUUCCGAUGUUCGAGACGGUCAUGAAGCUGUUCCCUCAGAUCGAGGAGAUCAUGGUUCAGCCUCUGAGAGACUCUCGCGAUCACUACGAGGAGCUGAAACAGAUCGAUGACGCCAUGACAGAGGGCACUUCUUUUGUGAUCCCUUUCAGGAAAGACUUUAACAAAACAUGAGCGAGGCCUUGAUGAAGACAUUCUGGGCUUCUUGCUGAAGAUGACACACUGAGCAGGAGGAAGAGGGGAAAGAGGCAGACUGCUCGGCUACACACUGAACUAUACUUAGGCAUCAAGGUGGCACAUCUUGAACUUUGACUUAGACUUUUUUGCACUGGAUGUAAAAGAGAGGGACCUGCUGACCUCUCUGCAUAUUUAUGGUGUUUAUGUUGUGCUCUCUUCCUAUAGCGCCUCAAGAGUUUGAAGGAUCAGUUUCUCUAAAAACAAAUCCUAAUUCCAGAUUGAUUUAUUGUGCAUUUGUGCAAAAAAAUAUACACAAAAGCUGCAGAAUUGGCCUCAUGGACCAAAGUUUCAGGAAAAUUCUACCAGCAAUAACGAACUUUUUUUAUUUCCUUCAGUUUUUUGUCCAGUAGAAAAAUAAAAAUGCACCAAAGUGGGAUGUUUUCACCUCACUGUAGCAAUACAUUUUCUCACUGACAUGGUGCACUGAGUGUUUUUCCAAGAAAAAUGCAGCUUUCCUUUUUUUUGUUCACACACAGCGGGU